CCCGGGGUGCGUUGAACAUUAGAAAACUGUGGUGUACUAUAAUAACUUUAAUCAAACAUGGAAGAUAUUAAUAAUAUGUCUCAAUUUACAAGUCCAAGUGCUACGAGGGCUACUAGUACGGAGUGUCUUAGUCCGCCUGAGAGCAGUAACGUGGUAAAUGUUCAACACAGCGCGUUCUCACCAUCGGCGCAGCCGUUCCAGAGUAGAAUGCAGCGUUCCGCGUCCAUCGUGACCCAGCCAGAGCCGAGCAUCGCUGACACAGCACCAUCGAUGGGCGACGUCAACGAAUGGAUGAUGAACUCUAGAAUGAUGCCCGAAUCGGAUAUCUUUGGGGACAUGGGAUCCAAUCAUAACAAUGACAACCUAUUUACUUUUGUAGAUUCAGAGGGCAAUAGAUCCGGUACCGCAUCACUAGCGCACCUUUGGAGUGGCAACUCUAGCGAGGCAACGAAGUCCGAAGAUCUCAUCAGCUCCUUCGACUUUCUGGUCAAAAGUCUGUCGGCAGCCAACAACUUCUUAUCUAUGUUGACGCGCGACCAGCUGUUCGUGCUUCGUUCCAUCAGUCCGUCCCUACUGUAUCAGUUACUUCAAGAGGUAGCCAAUGCCAGGGAUGACAGACGCCACCGGCGCGCCCUUCCUAAUGAGUGUGCGUUCUGCAAGAACAACGGCGAGAACGAGGAGUGCUACACGUCGCACUCUCUGAAGGACUGGCGCGGCCGCGUGCUGUGCCCCGUGCUCCGAGCGUUCCGCUGUCCGCGCUGCAGAGCCACCGGCGACCGCGCGCACACCAUCAAGUACUGUCCGGAGGCCGCAGACGCAGGUAUGGAGCAUUCUGGGAAUCUAUCGCGUCGCCGCGGGCAGGUUGUUUCCCCGGUUAUGUCCGGCACUGGAAGCCGUGCAUCAUACAGCGUUCCCACUGCUACGCCUGCUACGUCGCCUCUGCCGAGUACUACAGAUCGAAGCUCUUUCAACUUUCUAUCUCAUUUUGGCUUCCAAUAGCUACAUCCAUUCCUACAGCCUUACCUACAAAUAUUUUGUUUUAAUAUAAUGACUAUGUAUGACAAGCACUAAAGCAAACCGUUUGUAGGUAAAUAAAGCUAUGCCACAUUAAAGGAGCCACAUAUACCUUACUAAAAGCGAGUAAGUGAAAAGUAUUUAACAAAACAAAUGAUUUUCAGUAAGUUAAUAGAAGAGAUGUGGCGAAUGUUAUUGUGCAAAUACUUUAAAUACCUGACCUGGCGAUCCUAUUGAUAAUUUGAUCAUUGACUAUUAACUGUAUAGAAGUUUUAUGUUUUAAUUUCGCUGCGGAGUUCAUUUUACUACUUCAAGUAGAAAAUCGAACAGUACAAGCACUGUUUAAGGUCUUUGCCCACAACGAUAUGUACCUUAAAUUUAAAAAAAAUAUGACGCUUAAAAUAGCAUUGUUAAAUCAAGUCGUUAUAGAUGUCCUAUUGUUUUGGUACACUGUUGUUAGCAGACUCCUUAUAGACUUCUAUUAUUAAUUCAAAUAAUUGUUAGUAUGCAGGUCAUAUACAAUAUCAUUUGAACAAGUCUACACCAAAAUUAAAACAUAAGACUUAACUUAUCAGUAUACAUUUUUCAUUGGAAGUUAUUAGAGCCAUUUUAAUGCAAGUUUUUUUUACAAUAGAAUAUUUUUCAAUCGUUCAAAUUCAAUUCAAAUGUUUCAUUUUACGGUGUCAUUAUUCUAUUAUUGUGCAAGUUGUACCAAAAUUUAUAAUACA